UCUCGGCCGCCGGGGGGCGCUCCCUCCCGGCCCGGGUGGUCUGAUGCGGGACCCUCCGGACGAGGAGGACCAGGAUGGCGGAGGGACCGGCGGACUGCUUCGCCGCUCGCGUCCCGGACGAGUCGUCGGACAGCGAACCGGAGCAGGAACCGGGCACCCCGCAAAAACUCAUCCGGAAAGUGUCCACUUCCGGUCAGAUCCGCAGCAAGACGGUGUUGAAGGAAGGGGACCUGAUGAAGCAGACCAGUUCUUUCCAGCGCUGGAAGAGAAGAUAUUUCAAACUGAGGGGACGAACGCUUUACUACGCGCAGAACGCUAAGUCCAUCAUCUUCGACGAAGUGGACUUGACGGACGCCAGCGUGGCCGAAUCCAGCACCAAGAAUGUCAACAACAGCUUCACGGUGAUCACCCCGUGCAGGCGUCUGAUCCUGUGCGCAGACAACCGUAAGGAGAUGGAGGAGUGGAUCUCGGCUUUGCGGAGCGUUCAAAACCGACAGAACUAUGAGUCUACCCAGUACAGCAUGGACCAUUUCAGCGGGAUGCACAACUGGUACGCGUGCUCACACGCCCGGCCCACUUACUGCAACGUGUGCAGGGAAGCUUUGUCAGGGGUCACCUCACACGGACUCUCCUGUGAAGUGUGUAAAUUCAAGGCUCACAAGCGUUGCGCGGUCCGAGCCACCAACAACUGCAAAUGGACCACGCUGGCGUCCAUCGGGAAGGACAUCGUCGAGGACGAGGACGGGGUGCGGAUGCCUCACCAAUGGCUGGAGGGCAACCUGCCCGUGUCGGCCAAGUGCAGCGCGUGCGACAAAACGUGCGGCAGCGUCUUACGGCUGCAAGACUGGCGAUGUCUCUGGUGUAAAGCCAUGGUGCACUCGGGCUGUCGGGAGCACCUGUCCGUCAAGUGUCCGCUGGGCCAGUGCAAAGUGUCCGUCAUCCCGCCCACGGCGCUCAACAGCAUCGACUCUGACGGCUUCUGGAAAGCGUCGUGUCCUCCGUCGUGCACCAGCCCUCUGCUGGUCUUCGUCAACUCCAAGAGCGGCGACAACCAGGGUGUCAAGUUCCUGCGGCGCUUCAAGCAGCUGCUGAAUCCCGCGCAGGUUUUUGACCUGAUGAACGGAGGACCUCACUUGGGGCUGCGUCUCUUCCAGAAGUUUGACACCUUCAGGAUUCUGGUGUGCGGCGGCGACGGCAGCGUCGGUUGGGUUCUGUCUGAGAUCGACGCGCUCACGCUGCACAAACAGUGUCAGCUGGGGGUUCUGCCUCUGGGAACCGGCAACGAUCUGGCCCGGGUUCUGGGCUGGGGGUCCGCCUGCGACGACGACGCCCAACUACCUCAAAUACUGGAGAAACUGGAGCGGGCCAGCACCAAGAUGCUCGACAGGUGGAGUAUCAUGGUGUAUGAGAGCAAGUUUCCACGGCAACACUCCACGUCCACCGUGGCCGAGGACUGCACCGAUGACUCGGAGGUGCAGCAGAUCCUCACUUACGAAGAUUCUGUCGCCGUUCACCUCUCCAAGAUUCUGACGUCGGACCAGCACUCUGUGGUCAUUUCCUCCGCCAAGGUUCUGUGCGAGACGGUCAAGGACUUCGUGGCCCGGGUGGGGAAGGCCUACGAGAAGAACACGGAGCGCUCGGAGGAGUCGGACGUCAUGGCCAAGAAGUGUGGUCUCCUGAAGGAAAAGUUGGACCUUCUCCUGUGGACUCUGACUGAGGAGUCCAAGGCGUCCUGUCUAGCGACCUCUCCUCUCCCCCCCGCUUCCGUCGUCGAGGAUCCGGAAGAAGGGGGCCCGCCGGCCUUCCCGUUGCCCCUCCGCCGCACGUCCCCCGGCCCCGCCCUCGACUCCGCUCCUCGCUCCCCGCGCUCGCCGCCCUCUGUGGGGGCGGCCGCCUUUAAACCUCGCGAGCAGCUGAUGCUUCGCGCGAACAGCCUGAAGAAGGUCAUACGGCAGAUCAUCGAACACACGGAGAAAGCCGUGGACGACCAGAACGCUCAGACCGCGUCCCUGUUCUCUCUGGGUGCGGCGAAGGUGGACGGCGGCCUGGCGGAGGAGGAAGAGGACGAGGAUGACAAGAUGGCGGCGGAUGGCGCCAAAGAGCGCGCGGCUCGCAGAGCCAGUAAGACACCGUGCGAGAGGCUGAUGAGCAAAGGCGGCCUAUCGCUAGGCAGCUCCGUAUCACUUCCUGUCCACGCAGGAAGUCGAGACAAUAUGCCAAUGCUCAACACCAAGAUCCUCUAUCCUGGUUUGCGGGCCGGUGUGUCGUCUUCUCUGUCUCACAGUUCAGUCAUCAGUCAACUGCUGCUCAACGCCGAGUCGUUCGCGUCAUGCGACCCCGAAAACAUGGAGUGCUACAGUGAGAAGUGUGUGAUGAAUAAUUACUUCGGCAUCGGUCUGGACGCCAAAAUUUCCCUGGACUUCAACAACAAGAGAGACGAACAUCCUGAGAAGUGCAGGAGUCGCACCAAAAACAUGAUGUGGUACGGCGUUCUGGGAACCAAAGAGUUGCUGCACAGGACCUACAAGAACCUGGAACAGAGAGUUCUGCUGGAGUGUGACGGGCGGCCAAUCCCCCUCCCCAGCCUGCAGGGCAUCGCCGUGUUGAACAUUCCCAGUUACGCCGGCGGGACAAACUUCUGGGGAGGAACCAAAGAAGACGACACCUUCACCGCUCCGUCUUUUGAUGACAAAAUUCUGGAGGUGGUGGCCGUGUUUGGCAGCAUGCAGAUGGCUGUGUCCAGAGUCAUCAACCUGCAACACCACCGCAUUGCACAGUGUCGCACGGUGAAGAUCGCCAUCCUGGGGGACGAGGGCGUUCCGGUCCAGGUGGACGGCGAGGCCUGGAUUCAGCCUCCGGGCUACAUCAAGAUUCUCCACAAGAACCGCAGCCAGACGCUCACCAGGGACCGCGCCUUCGAGAGCACGUUGAAGUCGUGGGAGGACAAACAAAAGUGCGAAUUUCCUCGGGAUCCGAUCGCUCCGGCGCCGCUCGGCAACCGUCCGGAGAUGCUCUCCGAGGAAGAGGCGUCGCUCGUACGGGACUUCGCUCAGGCGGCAGGAGUCCUCAUCGGCAGUAUCUGCCAGCUGGCUCAGAGUCACCGCAAUCUGGAACAGGAACUCGCUCACGCCGUCAACGCCAGCUCCAAGUCCAUGGACCUGGUCUACGCCCAGUCCGGCAGCAUCGGGGUAGACGCUGAGCUGCGGCGCCGUGGUGUUGAUGGUGAAGGACGUGAAAGCGCUGCUCAGCGAGACGGAACUGCUCCUCGCCGGAAAAAUGUCCAUGGCGUUGGACAUGGCCCAACAGGAGCAGUUGAACUGCGCCCUGAGUUGCGUGUGUCAGCAUCUGGACGGACUUGUGGAAGUCCCGUGGUUGAACCUCGCCCUCAACCCGGCAGACCAGCAGGAUGCCCUGUGCGACUCCGCCAAGCCCAGUCGCGGCGCCAAAUUCCGAUUGGUCCCCAAGUUCAAAAAGGACAAAAACAACAAAGUCAAAGAGACUCACAGCUCUCUGACUCUGCCGGUUCACCAGUGGGGCACCGAGGAGGUCGGGGCCUGGCUGGACUUCCUGUGUCUGUCCGAGUACAAAGACAUCUUCAGCCGACACGACGUGCGAGGGAGCGAACUGCUGCACCUGGAGAGGCGAGACCUCAAGGACCUGGGUGUGAGCAAGGUGGGCCACAUGAAGAGAAUCCUUCAGGGCAUCCGAGAACUGAGCCGCAACAGCAGCGCCAGCGAGGCCUGAGCUCCGCCUCCGGAGCCUAAACUCCCCCCCACAGCCGUCUCCUGUUGCCUAGCGCCCGGCGCCACCUCCCGCCCGUGAUGUCACUUGUGUGCCUUGUCACGUGACCAGUCGGCAUCAAGUUCACUGAACACGUGAACUACUUUUUUUUAUUAUUUAUUUAUUUACAUUCCCAUAAUCUUAACUCGAUCAUUAUUUAUAUUUUACCUUUCUAAAUGGAGUCUUUUUAGAUUCAAAACUUUCAUGAUCAGAAGUGAAUUUUACUAAAAAUAUAUAUUUUGGUCAAGAUA